AUGGGUGGUGGUGCUAACUGUGGAGGUGGUGGAGGUCGUGGCGGUGGCAGUGGUGCUGGUGGCGCUAAUGGCGCUCAAGGUGGUGGUGCUGCUGGGGUUGGUGGAAGUGAUGGUGGUGGGGGUGACAAUAAAGGUGGUGAAAUCAUGUCUUGA